AUGCAGCUCCGCGGCUCUCUGGCAGGGCUGUCGGAGGAAAGCCCCGUCACCUUGACACCCACUGAGCCCGAAGAUAUGUGGCACGCAAACAAUCUGAUACGAAACCAAGACAUCCUCAAGGGCCAUGCCAUUCGACGAGUAACCACAGAAAACAGUACCGGCCACACGACCUCGAAUCGAGUACAUACGGAGCUCACCCUCCGCGUAACCUCGACACUCUUCGAUCCCGCCGCCUCCGCACUUCACGUCUCGGGCGUCGUCACGGUGGAGAACGACGUUGUUCCGCUGGGCAAGUACCACACCCUCGAUCUCGAGCUGAACCGACCAUUCACAUUAUGGAAGAAGGACGGCUGGGACUCGGUUGCCGUCGAGGCGCUUCGCGACGCCCUCAACACGGACAGGGAUGGCGCUGUCGCGGCCAUCGUAAUGCAAGACAACUUUGCCAACAUCUGCCUAAUCAGCGACUACCAGACGUUAAUCAAGCAGCGCGUCGAGAGCAGCGGUUCGGCCAAGGGAGGAUCUUCCGGCCGCAAUGCUAGCAAACGCGAUGGACCCGACGCCAAGACCACCAAGUUUUUCCGCAUGACGCUUGAUACGCUGCUGCGCAACAUAGACUUUAAGGGGGAGGCGCGUCCGUUGCUGUUGGCGUCGCCGGGCUACACGGCACAAAAUUUCCGAGAUUUCAUCAAGGAGGAGGCAGCGCGGACGCGCGACAAGAUGCUGGCGCAAAUAGUCAAGAACACCGUCGUGGUGCAUUCGAGCUCGGGCAACGUCUAUUCGCUCAACGAAGUCCUCAAAAGCCAGGAGGUGUUGAAGCAGAUGAAGACUAUGAAGUCCGCCCUCAGCUCCAAGGGCAUGGACGACCUCGAGGCCAUGAUUCGUGCGGAUGAUGGUCGCGCUUGCUACGGGUACAGCACUGUCAAGAAGGCCGUUGAAGAGGGCGCGGCCGGACGCGGCGGUGGAGUGCUCUACAUCAACAAUGCGCUUUUCCGGAGUCAGGACAUUCAGGAACGUAAAAAGUACGUGGCGAUAGUGGACAAGGUCAAGGAGGAUGGCGGCGAGGUCAGGGUGUUGAGCAGCGAUCACGAGGCAGGGGCAAAGCUGCAAGCUCUGGGAGGUGUAGCUGCCAUGUUGACGUACCCCUUGGUUUUUGACGAUGAUUCCGACGAGGAUGCUACAGAUCAGGAAGGGGAUGAUACGGUUCCAACCGAUGCGGGGAGAAAGACAGGGGGCAUAAUAUGA